AUGGCUAUUGAUCAUCAAUAUCAUCUCUUGCUGUUUUUCUUCCUAGCGUUACUUCCAUUUUCUACUGUUGCUCAAACUUAUGGGAACAUUUCCUUGGGGACUUCCUUCACUGCACAAGCAGAUAACUCCUCAUGGGCAGCAUCGCCAUCUGGUGACUUUGCAUUUGGGUUCCAACAGAUUGAGGAAAAUGGGUUCUUACUAUCCAUUUGGUUCAACAAAAUACCAGAAAGAACCAUUGUCUGGUCAGCCAAUGGACAAAACCUUGCACCAAAGGGUUCAAAAAUUGAGCUCACCUCAGAUGGAUGGUUCUUGCUCAGUGAUCCCAGUGGCAAUAAGAUAUGGCCUGCUGGUUCCUCAGGUGGUGGAACUGUUUAUGCAGCAAUGCUUGAUACUGGCAACUUUGUUCUUGCAGGCAAAAAUUCUCAAUAUUUGUGGCAGAGUUUUAAUCAACCAACUGACACAAUUUUACCAGGACAGGUUCUGAACCAACCUGGUACUCUUGUUGCAAGAUAUCUUGAGACAAAUCACUCAAGUGGAAGAUUCCAGUUUGUGCUAAACACUGAUGGGACUCUUGCGCUUUACACCACAAAUUUCCCAAUAUUGAAUUCUCUAAAUUAUCCUUAUUGGAAUACCAAGGUUGUUGGCCGUGGCUUCUCAUUGGUCUUCAACAAUACUGGGUAUAUUUUCCUAGGUGCAAAUAAUGGGAGCAUAAUUCAAAUGAUAUCAUCAAAUGCUCCCUCUACUCAAGAUUUCUACCAGAGAGCAAUCCUUGAACAUGAUGGAGUUUUCAGGCACUAUGUCUACCCCAAGAGUAGUAGCUCCAAUCAGAAGGCUUGGUCAUCUGUGUCCUUUAUACCUUCAAAUAUCUGUAUGAGUAUUACUGAACCAGUAGGAAAUGGAGCUUGUGGGUUCAACAGCUAUUGUACUCUUGAUGGGGGAAAGAGUUGCCAGUGUCCAUCUGGUUAUAGCUUCAUUGAUCCAGGUGAUGUGAUGAAGGGAUGCAUGCAGGACUUUGAUUCUCAGAGUUGUAAUGAAUCUUUCCCAGAAACUGAUCUCUUUGAUUUCUAUGAGAUGGAAAAUACGGAUUGGCCUUAUUCAGAUUUUGAACAUUUUCAGUCAGUGACUGUGGAUUGGUGCAGACAGGCUUGCUUGGUUGAUUGUUUCUGUGCUGUUGCCAUUUUCAGAAACGGUGAAUGCUGGAAAAAGAAGCUACCCUUAUCCAAUGGAAGAAUUGAUUCAACUGUUGGAGGGAUAGCUCUGAUAAAGACAAGAAAAGAUAAUUCUACAACGAAAUUUGAGGGUCCUAUUAAAAGGAAUAAUCAGUCAAAGCUGAUUAUUGUUGGAUCAGUGCUUUUAAGUAGUUCUGUGGUGGUAAACUUGUUCUUGUUAGUGACAGCUUUUCUAGUUGCAUACAGGUUUGGCCACAGGAAUUCUCAGGUGAAUCAAUCAAGCCAACUCAUCACAGGCAUGUUUCUUAGAAGUUUCACUUAUGAAGAGUUAAGGAAGGCAACAAAUGGAUUCAAGGAAGAGCUGGGUCGUGGUGCAUUUUCAACAGUUUACAAAGGAGUUCUGUUAGACCUUAUGGAGAACCCCAUUGCUGUUAAGAAGUUAAACAAUAUGGUCAAAGAAAAUGAAGAUGAGUUCAAAACAGAAGUGAGUGCAAUUGGUAGGACAAAUCAUAGGAAUUUGGUCCAACUUGUAGGAUUUUGUAACGAGGGAGAGCAUAGGCUACUUGUCUAUGAGUUCAUGAGCAAAGGAUCUUUAGCAAGCUUCCUUUUUGACUCCCAAAGACCAACAUGGUUUCAAAGAAUGCAGAUUGCUUUAGGGACAGCCAGGGGACUCUUGUAUUUGCAUGAAGAGUGCACUACCCAAAUCAUACACUGUGACAUUAAGCCUCAAAAUGUUUUGCUUGAUGACAGUUGCACUUCUAAGAUAUCUGACUUUGGCUUAGCCAAGCUUUUGAAGAUUGACCAAAUUGGAACUAAUACAGCAAUAAGGGGUACUAAAGGGUAUGUUGCCCCGGAAUGGUUUAGGAACAUGCCUAUUACCAUUAAGGUUGAUGUUUACAGUUAUGGAGUUUUGUUGCUAGAAAUCAUUUGCUGCAGGAAGAGCUUUGAGUCAAAGGUUGAGAAUGAGAACCAGAUGGUACUGAUAGAUUGGGCCUAUGAUUGCUUUCAGGAAAGGAAACUUGAUCUGUUGGUGGUAGAUGACAAGGAUGCCUUAGAUGACAUGAAGAGGGUGGAAAAGUAUGUUAUGGUUGCUCUAUGGUGUGUUCAGGAGGAUCCAUCCCUAAGACCCACCAUGAAGAAAGUUUUACAGAUGCUUGAAGGAUCUACAGAUGUACCAAUCCCUCCUGAUCUUCCCUCAUUCACAAUUUCAAUGUAA